AUGCGCAGCGAGAACAUCGAGGCGCACGGCGUCGGGCCCCUCGUCGAAGAGCAGCGCACCGACGCCCACUACCUCAGCAACUUCACCAUCUGGUUCACCAUGAACCUUACUAUCGCAUGCUUCUCGACCGGUACCCUCGGCCCGCUCUACUACGAGCUGUCGAUGCGUGACUCGUUCCUCGUCAUCGCCUUCUGCAACCUCUUCUCGUGCGGCCUCCCGGCCUACGUCGCCACCUUUGGCCCUCGCCUCGGCAUGCGCACCAUGGGCAUCGCGAGGUACAGCUUCGGCUACUACCCGGCGAUCCUGCCCGCCCUCCUCAACCUCGUGUCGUUCAUCGGGUUCUGCGCCGUCAACUCGAUCGUCGCCGGGCAGGUCCUCGCCGCCGUCAACCCGGGCGGGCUCAGCGUCAACGCCGGCAUCGCCAUCGUCGCGAUUGUCAGCAUGUUCAUCUCGUUCUGCGGGUACCGCGUCCUCCACAUGAUCGAGCGCUGGGCCUGGCUUCCGAUCCUCAUCUCGUUCAUCCUCCUCGCCGCGUUCGGCGCGAGGCAGCUCGACGCCGCACCCUCGUUCGCGAGCGACGUCCCGGCAACCGCAGCCAACGUCCUCUCGUUCAUCUCGAUCGUCGUCGGCUUCACGAUCUCGUGGUCCGGCUGCUCGGCCGACUUCUGCACCUACAUGCGGCCCGAGGUUGGGAGCAUGCGCGUCUUCGUCCUCACCUUCCUCGGCCUGUACCUGCCGUGCGCCAUCAUCCAGAUCCUCGGCGCCGCGUUCGGCGCUGCGGCGCUGUCGGGCCUCGUCCCGACGUGGGAGGAGGCGUUCGCCGACGGCAACGUCGGCAGCCUCGCCGGCGUCGCGCUCGAGCCGCUCCACGGCUUCGGCAAGUUCCUCCUCGUCCUGUUCUCGCUUGGCAUGAUCUCCAACAACGCCCCGACGCAAUACGCCUUUUCGCUGUCGAUCCAGAUCGUCUUCCCCUUCCUCACGCGCCUGCCGCGUUUCUUCCUCCCCAUUGUCGGCACGGCCAUCUACCUCCCGAUCGCCAUCGCCGCCGCCGCCCACUUUGCGGCCGCGCUCAGCAAUUUCCUCGGCAUCCUCGGGUACUGGAGCAGCAUCUUUGUCGCCAUCUUGCUCGUCGAGCACUUUGUCUUCCGCAAGGGCCGAUUCUCGUCGUACGACCUCGCCAUCUGGGACCGCUCGUCCAAGUUGCCGCCGGGCCUCGCCGCCCUGUUCGCGUCGCUCUGCGGCGCCGCCUUUGUCGUCCUCGGCAUGGACCAGGUCGCGAUCUCGGGCCCCGACGCGCACGCCGGUGGCGACAUAGGCUUCGAGACGGGCAUGGCCGUCGCCGCCGUCGUCUUUGUGCCCUGUCGGUUCCUCGAGAAGCGGGUCUUUGGGCGAUAG